CAUGCCUACCUAUAUUGAUUAUUUUCGCCCUCUAGCCUUUGAUAUGCGACGACUAUUCGCCGGCAAAGAAAAUAGGAAUUCAAUAACCGAUGUUGCGUUGGAACCUGUCUUUGACGAUAAGAUUGUAGAAUUAGGAAAACCGAGAUUGGGUGAAGCUGGAAAAAUCGAAGUACAAAUAAGAGAAAGUAUAGAAUUCAAGUCAACCGUUGAUAAAUUACUGAAAAAAACAAAUGUCGCCCUGGUUGUUGGAACGUCUAGCUGGAGAGAACAGUUUAUCGAAGCUAUAACCGUCAGCUCAGGAGACGACGAGAAUGGAGAAGAUGAAGAAGAUGAAGAGAAAUUACCUAGUUGCAUGGAUUAUGUAAUGCACUUUUUGACAAUAUUCUGGAAAGUAACGUUUGCUUUCGUCCCACCGACAGAUUUGGCCGGAGGCUGGCUAGCGUUUUCCGUAUCGAUAUGUAUGAUAGGCGUAAUAACUGCCUUAAUCGGUGACAUUGCGGCGGCAUUCGGCUGCACAAUAGGCCUAAAAGAUUCAGUUACUGCAGUUACUUUUGUAGCUCUAGGAACAAGUUUACCAGAUUAUUGGGGUGGUUGGUUGUGCUUCACGUUUUCGAUCAUAAUGAUAGGUAUUUUGACGGCUCUCAUAAAUGAUCUGGCUUCAUCGUUCGGUUGUACAAUUGGAUUGAAAGAUUCAGUUACUGCUAUCUCUUUCGUCGCCCUAGGCACAAGUCUGCCAGAUACGUUCGCCUCCAAAGUGGCAGCUAUCAACGACGCCUACGCUGACUCCUCUAUUGGCAACGUAACGGGAAGUAACGCCGUCAACGUCUUCCUGGGCAUUGGAAUUGCCUGGACGAUAGCUUCUGUAAAGCACGCCAUUGAAGGCAAACCUUUUAAAGUCGAUCCUGGUUCUUUGGCGUUCAGCGUUACCGUAUUCUGUUGUUUCGCCUUAGCAGCUAUGGCUAUACUAAUUAUUCGACGCCGUCCAAGUAUCGGAGGCGAAUUAGGAGGCAAAAACAGGAACUUUAAAAUAUGUACAACCGCUUUCUUCAUAGGACUAUGGGUUGUAUACGUCAUCCUUUCGUCGCUAGAAAGUUAUUGCCACAUUAAAGGUUUUUGA